GAAUACUAUGGAUACCAAUAUCAAGUCUUGUAAUGAGUUGUUUAGAAAAAAUCCUAACCCAAGGAAAGCUGACAUACCUUCGGUGGAUGAGAACUUUGCAUCGAUGAACUCGCUUAUAGCUUGGAAUAUUUCCAAAGUGUUGGAGAGCAAUCCUAACAUAGACUUAAAGUCGAAAAUCAAAGCGAUACAAGAACGCCUUGAGUCCAAUUCUUGGGUUGCAAGUUCGAUAGCAUCUCAGCUGUCAGAGGAACGGCACUUGGCGUGCGCGCUCCUCGCCUGGCAGAAGAUGGGUCAGGGGGACGCGAGUACCUUGUACCGAUUCAUACAAACAAAUUUAAAUAAAACAAGUGCAAAUAAAAGUAAUACAGUAGUGACUGAAGAUAUUUACGUUGUCAGUACUUCUAAUGAGUCCCGUACACCUGAAGUCAUCGUUGGCCACAAGGAGUCAAUAGUAUCUAAUGGCGUGGAUUCAAUGGAACAAAUAUAUUCACAAUACCGUCCUGUACCCAACUUGCCGAUUGAUACUAAAAUAGUGAUGCGAUGUGAAAACACAUGUAAACCAAAACCUUCAAUAAAAAAAAUUCAAAAGUCUCCAAGUCCUAAGCCUCAGAAAAGCACUGCGGAGCCAUGUACUGCUCCUUGCAAAGACCGUCUAGUUGAAAUGGACAAGUCCACCACAGAUUUAAGGCAACGCGUGCAGCAACUCGCCAAGCGAGAAGAGGAGCGCAUCAAAUUGCUAACACGUGCAGAAGCCGCUUGGAAAGAUCUAGAAAAAGCUUACAUACGAAGACUAAAAGUCGCCGAGGAGAAAGAACAAGAUACAGGAAAACAGAUAAAGUCUUUAAUAGAAGAACGUUCUGAUUAUAAAGCCGUGUGCGUCACACUAGCGAAACAGCUCGCCGAUCGAGAUGCGAUUGUACAAAAGGAAACUGAUACUUUAAAGAAAAUUGAGUCGGAACUUUGUGAGCGUACGAAAAAGAAGUUUAAGUUAAGCGAAGAAAUAGCCUCCGUGUCAUCGACUCUGGCGCAGCACCACUGCCGCAUCUCACAGACAGAAAGGGACCUUCUGUUUAAAGAAGAACAGGCUAAAAGAAAAGUUACCAGCUUAGAAGAAACCGCAGAAUCUUAUCGGGGACUCAAAUAUGAUACAGAGAGAGCGUUACGUACUGAACUAAGUGCCUUAAAAGAUCAAGUAGCAAAAGUUUCUAAACGACUUUUACAGGAAGAAAAUGAAAAUCAAAGUAUCAAAAAUGAGCUUGAUGAGAUGCGAGUCAACAAAAGCAAUAUUCUUGAAGAUCUCGAUGCCUGUAAGAUAAUGUGUGAUCAUCUUCUGCAAGGUAAAAAAACUGAAUUAAAAACAAAAACAGAGAAACUUGCUGAAUUGAAAGAAAAAGCAAUGGAAUGUCGCUGCAAGUUACCACAGGAUAUUUCCGUGGAAGUAAAACGAACACCAUCGCUCGCUGCAGUUUGUCGAUGUUGUUCUGACGAUAACAUUCCGGAGUCAUGUUCUUGUACGUCAUUAAGAAGUAGUGUUAUGUCGAACUUACUGAAAGACCUGUUUGCGGGAUUGCAAUCUGAGCUGAGUGAAAAUGGAUCGAUUAUGCCGUGCGAGUUGCUCAAGUGCUUAGAAGACAAGAAUAACUGGGACCGCUCGAGCGCAGUCAAGACGAACCUUCGAAACUUCUUUUCAAAAUUGCUUGUCGGUGAGCUCGAUAUUGCAAUUGGUUCGAGCAUUGAAAAAUAUCAUGUGAAGUGGGUUGGCACAUCAUGUGUGGAUGAGACUUCAAGAAUACCUGUCGACGUCGAAUUAGAGGAGUGGCAGCAGCGAGCUUUAGAAAAUCGAGCACAAAAAAUGGCAAAGCAUUUAGCUGAACAGUUAUUCCAAGAAAAAGCUGAUGAACUAAUGGAAAAGGCUAAAGACGUUUUAAAAUUAACACCACCGCCUUGUGAAUGUGGUACCCAGUCAAAUAUUGACAAACCUGGUGGACGUAGGACACAAACGGAUUCAUCAAAUCUUCAGAAUAAAAGUAAUAAUGAUCUGAAAACUGCUUCUGCUGUACGGAAUACUAAUUUAAAAAAUGUCACACAACUACAAUUUACUCAAGUAUUGGACAAGAAAACGGGAGCAAGUAAUAACUUAUCACUAGGGGAAUCUAAAAAAACUGGAAAUGUAAUGAACAUCAAUCAAAUAUAUCAUCACAGGGCAGUAAGUACAGAGAGAAAUGACAAUUUAUUUAAUUCGCUGCUAAACAGUACGAAGAAAAAACUAUUGGAAUCAAAUAAAUCAAAGGAAAUACCUAAAAAAAACAACAUUAAUCAAUGUACGUCAAAUAAAAAUGUUAGCAGAAAUUCAAAAAGAAGGCAACAAACAUACUCAAUUAAUUUGUGUUUAUGUGAACGAGAAAGAAAUGAAAAUUCACUGGCUCUCUUACCUACAAAUCAAAUCAAUGAACCGAAUAUUGUACAAGAUGAAAAUAUUAUUCGUAAAACUGAUCCAGAUAAGAUUACUUCAUCAUCUAAAAAUGCACUACCUUUUGAAUUCCCUAAUUUAGCAGAAACACCUAUAGACAUACACCAAAGAAAAAUCAAUAAACCCUUUGAACUGAAUUGCUCUGGAAGGGACUGCAAUUGUUUGAACAAAGUGCCUUCUAGUACUUCGCUUAAUAAGCUAUUAGAUAUCUUUAGACAUGAAGAAUUUAAAACAUCUGAAUUUGUUAAUAACGAGAGCUUAAAAAACUUAAUAAGUGACUACGAUAAUAGCGUAAAAUUACAAAAAGAUAUAUUUACAAGUACCGUUGACGAAGUGAAAUCUAUGAAACCUGAAUCAAAGUUAAUCGAUACUGUUAAUCCUUAUAACGAUUCUUUUAUUAAGUAUCCCAGCAUUUCUCUACAAAUUAAUAGUUUCGAAGAUGAAAAUAGUGGUAAAAAUAAAGUAAGCUGCAAAGAAAUUAAUUUAUGUUAUGAUGGAGACCACGAAAAACAUAUGUUCAAUGAAAAAUUAAUACAAAGCAAGAGCAACGAAAACGUAAAUAUGGCAAAAAUUACAAUUGAUCAACAAGAGUGUCAAAUGCCUGAUAGAAGUCACAAUUGUACAAAUGCAGAAUCAACAUAUUGUAACACACAAACUAGCGUGCAAAGUUUUAUUUCACGACAAUAUCGACACAAUGUUAAUUUAAUAUCAAAGUCUAAUCAAAUGACAGAAUCAUCUGAAAACUCAUUUAAUUCUAAAUGUCCGGUAGAAUUUUUAGGAGUUACGCUAAGUAAUAAUGAAAGUAACAAUGUGAGUACUAAUACCUACUCUAAAAAUCAACUUUUAAAGAAAGGCACUUCUCGCCACGUAGUGUCAUCAACUUAUUGUCAAUACACAGAAUUGGACACGGCAAAACAAAGCUCGAAUGGAAAACAUUACGACAGUUUAUUACAAAAUACUGACGUAAUUUUGAGCAAGAAGCUUAACUGUAUUUGUUGUAAUACAGUAGACGAGACCGAUGACUUAGAAUUAAAUACUUUUGAAUUGUUAACGGAAUACAUGCAGAAAAAGCUAGAAGAUUUCAAAUUAACUACAUACAAAGCUAAUAUGCUACCUUAUGAGGAAGACGUCUUGUAUAAUGACAUACUGAAAAAAGUGAAGAAAUUAAUUUUAGACAUGAAUGACGAGGUUCUGUGUACCUGUUUGAAAGACAACCACAGUGAUAAUAUAGACGCCAGCUGGAAACGUGCUUCUUCUCUUUUGCAGGAAUACUUACGAAAUAAAAUUAAGCGAAUAACAUGUUCUUGUACAGUGACACUUAAAAACUCUAGCUCUGUAUUACCUGGGAUAUUAGAUAAAGUUUGCCAGUUAAUUGAAGAUGAUUUUAAAAAAUUGAGAUAUACUUACAUUGAUAGAAGUACUUUCAAUAGAGAUAAAUUUAGAGAAAAUACAAGCGAAAAGGACAAAAAACAAACUAUAAAUGAAAUGCUUACACAAGAUGUUCCGAAUGUUACAAGUCAGAUGCUUGUUUCUAUUUAUAAUACACCUAAUAGAAUAAGCACACUUAAUAGUAAUGAAAAAGCUAGUUCUUUAUGCGCAGACAACGAAGAAUUCAAAACGGAAGCGAUAAAGAGUUCCGAAUUAUUACAAUUUGGAGUAAAAACUGAGAAAAACAGUUUUUUAACACCUGAAAACAAAAGUAAAGAAAACUCCUUUUAUUGUGAAUGCUCAGACUUGAGAUGUAAGAACUUAACAAAUCAAUUGACGUCCACAUUCAGUUUGCAGAAAAAUUUGGAUGGAAAAGUAUUUUUGUCAAUUUCACCAGAGAAUAACAGAAAUAAUAAUUUUGAAGAAGAAGACAGACACAGUCUUUCCAUACCUUACAUUGGAUAUACUUUAGAUUGUACCUGUGAUAAAAUGUUAGGUCCAUGUAUUUGUGCAAAAUCUGUGUUGGCGAAGAAUGUAAAUAUUUAUGAAGAUAUUUGGAAAGUCAAGGAAAAUAUAAAUACAUCUUAUAUAAUGCGAGGCGCUAUUGGCGAACAUUCAAAUACAAUUCCUGUUGAAAUCGUUGACUAUAAUGACGAUAAUUUGAUGAGAAAAAAUACCUGUGUUUGUGAGAAAGUAAUAGACGCGAAUCAUAAUAAAGAUGAAAUUAGGUUAAAAAUGUCUACCCACAAUUUAGAACAAGGCAUACAUAAUUCUACAAACACAUCUCGGACCUUCGAUGACGUCGACUAUUCAAGUUAUAAUGACUGGGACGAUUGUGAAUCUUAUUACAGUCAAAAUAUUAACGAAGCAUCUACGAAUAAGACCAAGCUUUAUGACUCCUUACAUUUACCUAUAGACUACCUUUCGAAUCGUGAAAAAAGUAAAGCUCUUUUGAACAGCGACGAUGUUUUAAUGCGUGGUGUUAGAUCAGACAACUGUGAUUGUGAACUAGUGCCAAUUUGUCAUGUCAAAAUGUUGAUAGAUAACAUUGAACGUAAAUUAGAGAGCUGCAAAUGCACCUGUGACUCAUUAUGUCCUAAUGUGUGCCCGAUACAUUAUGAAACGAGAAAUAAGCCCAAUAUUAUAUCGAGAAUCUUCCUAUGUUGGGUCUUACCUGUUUUAUAUAAAGGAAAUGUUGGAGAUGUGGAAGAAACUGACUUGAUCAAUCCUUCCAAAAAAUAUGAUUCGGAAAUUCUUGGGGAUAGGUUUGAAAGGUAUUGGUUCGCAGAAGUUGAAAAUGCAGCCCGAAAUAAUAGAAAACCGUCGCUUUGGAAAGCACUGGUUCGUUCAUUUUGGCUGGCUUACAUGCCCAGUGCUUUUCUACUGGCAGGGAAUAUUGCGGCAAGGACUGCCCAGCCGUUACUAUUCACGCAGCUCCUGGCUUACUGGUCUGUGGAGUCUUCGGUGACCGCUCUAGAGGCAGGCUACUACGCUAUCGGCAUGCUGAGCCUUAACUUCUUUGGGUUUUUAUGUCAUCACCACAACACAUUGUUUGUUAAUAGCUUCAGUUUAAAAGUUAAAGUUGCUGUGUCCUCACUUAUAUACAGAAAGGUGUUAAGAAUGAGUCAAACGUCGGUGGGCGAAGUGGCGGCGGGGAAGCUUGUGAAUCUGCUAUCGAAUGAUGUGUCCAGAUUUGACUUCGCCUUCAUGUUCCUCCAUUACUUCUGGCUGGUACCAAUUCAGUUGUCUGUCGUAUUGGUAUUACUGUAUAAUGUAGCUGGAUUUGCACCAUUUGCUGGACUUUUUGGUGUAUUUAUCUUAGUUCUCCCCAUUCAAGCCGGUCUCACUAAACUUACCACCAUUGUGCGACGAGCAACUGCGCAAACCACCGACAAGAGAAUAAAAUUGAUGAACGAAUUCAUAAACGGAAUUCAGGUCAUAAAAAUGUAUGCAUGGGAGAAACCCUUCCAAAACAUGGUCAGACUUUCUCGAAUUAAUGAACUAAAAUACCUGAAAAGGUCUAUAUUUGUUCGGAGCGUGUUUGUUGGUUUCAUGUUGUUUACGGAACGAACCUCGUUGUUCAUCACUACGCUUACUAUCGUCCUCACUGGCUCCGUACUCACCGCUACCACGAUAUACCCUAUUAAACAGUAUUUCAAUAUCGUUCAAACGAAUUUGACUUUCAUCCUGCCAUUAGCAAUUGCAAGUUUGUCGGAAAUGUUCGUAGCACUGGAACGUAUACAAGGAGUUCUUAUGAUGGAGGAGAGAGAUGAUUUAGUACCUCCAAAUGGUAAAACAAAUGGGGUAAAUCCCAUAACUUUCAACGGUAACAAGAUGCCCAAGCCUUCUGAUCCCGUUGUCGCUGCAAAAUAUGUAUCAUUGGAUAAACAAACAGCUUUGAGACCAGCUGAAAAACCGAAAAUAUCUCCAAAUGCCCCCUUUGAGAAUGCAGUAGAGCUGUACGGAGUGAGUGCUUCAUGGUCUAAAUCUAAUGACAAAAUGACUCUCAAGAAUAUAUCGAUGCGACUUCGGAAAGGGAAAUUAUGCGCCAUUAUUGGACCAGUCGGAAGUGGAAAAUCAUCUUUGCUACAAGUAUUUUUGAAAGAGUUCUCAAUAUGCGAGGGCAGUUUUAACGUGAAUGGUAGACUUUCCUACGCCUGUCAAGAAUCCUGGCUGUUCCCGGCGAGUGUUCGGGACAACAUAUUGUUUGGAUUGCCGUACGAUGCGCAGAAAUAUAAGGAGGUGUGCAGAGUAUGUUCACUGAAGCAAGAUUUCAAGCAGUUCCCAUUUGGAGAUCAGUCAUUAGUGGGAGAGCGUGGUGUCUCGCUGUCUGGAGGACAAAGAGCGAGGAUUAACCUGGCCAGAGCUGUGUAUAGAGAAGCCGACAUUUAUUUAUUGGACGAUCCUCUGUCGGCAGUAGACGCUAAUGUUGGUCGCCAAUUGUUUGACGAAUGCAUAAACGGUUACUUACGCGACAGAACCCGCAUCCUGGUCACCCAUCAGAUACACUUCUUGAAAGCUGCCGAUUAUAUCGUUGUUCUUAAUGAUGGUGCAAUUGAGAAUAUGGGCACAUACGAUGAAUUAGUAAAGUCCGAAAAAGAGUUCUCACUAUUACUAACUAGUCUGAGCGAAUCUAAUACUGAAAGUGAAGAUGGUACAGGCAAGACUACACGUCCAACUGUGGAGCGAGUAUUAUCAAAAAUUUCUGUUAAAAGCGAGGAUGAAAACGAAGAUGAAGAGAAACAAACAUUGGAAGCAGAGGAGAGAGCUAAGGGUACCCUGAAAUGGAGCGUGAUAACGAACUAUUUGAAAUCAGUGGAGUCAGUGUGGGCGGUGGCCUUGGCACUAUUUGCACUUCUCUUGACGCAGGGCGCGGUGACUACGGCUGAUUUCUGGCUAAGUUUCUGGACUAAUCAAGUUGAUUUACAUGAACAGUCGUUACCUGCGGGCGUUGAACCAGAUCCCAGUUUAGAUACUCAAAUGGGCAUUUUGACCACUGGACAAUACUUGUUAAUCUACGGCUGCAUAAUAAUUUUUAUAAUUGUCAUGACCCAAGUAAGGAUAGUCGCAUUCGUAACGAUGACCACACGGGCCUCCAAAAAUCUUCAUAACACUGUUUUUAAAAAUUUAAUUAAUGCUUCGAUGCGAUUUUUUGACACAAAUCCUUCUGGUAGAAUCUUAAACAGGUUUUCCAAAGACAUGGGCGCAAUGGACGAAUUGUUACCACGAAGUAUUUUGGAGACUUUACAAAUGUAUUUAUCGGCAAUAAGUAUUCUAGUGCUUAAUGCUAUAGCACUACCAUGGACUCUGAUACCUACGGUUGUCUUGCUGUUUAUCUUCUUGUUACUAUUAAAAUGGUAUAUCGCAGCUUCACAAGCCGUGAAAAGAUUAGAAGGCACAACCAAAAGUCCCGUGUUUAGUAUGAUCAAUUCCACAAUAGCUGGAUUGUCAACAAUCAGAAGUUCAAACUCACAAAAUCGGUUGCUCACUCUUUUUGAUCAAGCACAGGACAUCAAUACUAGCGCAUUUUACACGUUCCUGGGAGGUUCUUCUACAUUUGGUUUUUAUCUAGACGUAUUGUGUUUGAUUUAUCUCGCAAUUAUCAUAGCUAUUUUCCUUCUUUUCGACUUUGGUGAUAUCAUACCCGUCGGUAGCAUUGGUUUGGCCAUAAGUCAAUCCAUGGUUUUAACAGUGAUGUUGCAAAUGGCCGCCCGAAUUACUGCCGAUCUUCUUGGUCAAAUGACUUCAGUAGAAAGAGUGCUCGAAUAUUCAAGAUUACCAGCAGAGGAUAAUAUGGAAACUGGACCUACUGAACCAUCACAAGACUGGCCUACAAAAGGACGCGUGAAAUUCGAAAAUGUUUGCUUGAGAUAUGGUCCUGAUGACCCGUUGGUACUGAAGAAUUUGACGUUCGAAGUAGAAAGCGGAUGGAAAAUUGGAAUCGUUGGCAGGACCGGGGCUGGCAAAUCUUCACUUAUAUCGGCUUUAUUCCGCUUGUCGGACAUUGAUGGAAGUAUCAAAAUUGACGAAAUAGAUACUCGAGAUGUAGGAAAGGCGAUUUUUAGGUCAAAGAUUUCAAUAAUACCACAAGAGCCAGUUCUAUUUUCUGCCUCGCUGAGAUAUAAUGUGGAUCCUUUCGACAGCUACAGCGAUGAUGAGAUUUGGAGAGCCUUAGAGCAGGUGGAACUAAAAGAUGCAAUUCCUGCCUUGGACUUCAAAGUUUCGGAAGGUGGUGCUAACUUUUCAGUGGGUCAAAGACAAUUGGUGUGCCUGGCCAGAGCAAUUCUACGGUCUAACAAGGUUCUCGUCAUGGAUGAAGCUACUGCCAACGUCGAUCCUCAAACGGACGCGUUAAUCCAGACAACGAUUCGUAAACAAUUCGCGGCGUGCACAGUAUUCACCAUUGCUCACCGUCUGAACACAAUCAUGGAUUCUGACCGGGUCCUGGUCAUGGACAAGGGAGAAGUUGUCGAAUACGACUAUCCUUACCGUCUCCUACAGAACCCUAACAGCAAAUUCACUUCCAUGGUACGGGAAACAGGAGAGAUGAAAGCAUUGCUUGGAGUAGCUAAAGCAAAAUAUUUAAGUGGAAAUCCGGAAUAA